AUGGAGCCCCGCGAUUCGUGCCCUCUACUGGAUGGUGUAGACGCCGCCACACUCCACCCCCAGCACCCCGCGCGCUUCUGCCUCCCCUCCCGGUGCGGCCUGUCUCUGAAAGCUUGCCGGGAGCCGCCGGCAGGCUUCCCUCUGCCCCUGCCAGCUGACGUCCUCGCCACGCUGUGGAAGACGUGCGUUUCCCGUGAGUCGGCGCUGAGUGACGUGGGCACCACGGCCUGCCCGUGCAUGCCACACACCCAGCACCUGCCUGCCCGCCCCCCGGGCCUUCUGCGGGGGCUGGCACCUGCUGGGGGUUCUGGUUUUUACUUUUUUAAUGUAAGUCUGAGUCUUUGUAAUUAUUGA